GAGGCGCGGGAGGAGGAGGAGGAGGAGGCGGUUACACGCCGCAGGAAAAGUCCGCUCGUGCUUCCUCAAAGAAGAAAGAAAAGAAAAAGCAAUGGAGGAAGUUUAUUAAAGUGACUUGUGUAAGAAGGGGGGAUGGCCGCUGGGAACGAGACCGUCGUGUACCUGUCCGAGCAGGUGCUCGUGCUGUGCUCCUGCGCGCUGUCGUGCGCGGGCUCCUCGCUGAUCGUCCUCACCUACGUCGCCUGGUCCGACCUGAGGACGACCCCGAGGAGACUGCUGGUCUUCCUCUCCGUGUCCGACUGGCUGUCGGCCGUCUCCUACGCCUUCGGAGUGUGGCGGGUCUUCCGCACCGACUCGCUGGACUGCGUUGUCCAAGGAGCCGUGUCCACUUUCGCCAACACCAGCUCGUUCUUCUGGACCGUGGCCAUUGCUGUUUACCUCUACGUCUUCAUCGUGAGGUCCAGCCAGAGAGUUGCCGACAGCUUGGUGCUGUUUUUCCACCUCGUCAGCUGGGGUGUCCCUCUGGCCAUCACCGUUGCAGCCGUCUGCCUGAAUAAGAUCGGCUACGAUGCGUCCGAGGUGUCGGUGGGCUGGUGCUGGGUCAGCAUCCACGCUCCGGACCGCGUCCUCUGGAUGCUGCUGACUGGGAAGAUCUGGGAGUUCUUGGCUUACCUCACCCUACCGGUGCUCUACAUCCUGAUCAAGAGGCACAUAUACAUAGCGCACGCUGCCCUGUCAGAGUACCGUCCCAUCUUGGCCAACAGGCCUCUUUCCAACUCCUUCUCCUCCAUGGCGGAUAUGAAGCUAACGCUCAUUCCCAUCAUCUUCAUCGUUCUGCGCAUCUGGAGCACAGUGCGGUUCAUACUGCUGCUAGCGGGCUCUGCGGCCAGAUUGAACCCAGUGCUGGUCACGCUACAUGGAAUUGGCAACACCUCGCAGGGAGCAGCCAAUUGCAUCAUGUUUGUAUUGCUUACUCGGCCAAUCCGCACACGCCUCUGUGCCGCGCUCUGCUGCUGCUCCAAGUAUCGAGCGGGCGAGCAGCCCUCGCACGGCGCCCCUCACACGCCGCUGCCUGGACAGGACUCCUCAAGGCAGAGGGAAGAGGACAGCGCCAGUCGAGUCGGGAUCGAUCGAUGAUAUUUUGUGGGUGAGAAGAAGAAACACUGGGGGGGGGUGGGGGGGUCUGCUUCACUCCGAACCUCAUCACAGCAAAGUGGCCGCAGAGAAGGUUGGCGAUUCUGCAGAUGCACGCACAUCUGUUUCGCAAGAAAAGUCACAUCUCUGCACUGUGGGUGAUGAGGGUGACACUGCAUGGCUGUGCACCAGCAUAUGGGGGAGGACUUCGAGUGGUGCAUAUCGAAUAUCACGAAUGACAUCAAACUUCUUUCAAUCGUGUCACACUUUUAAUUAUUUGGAGAUGUUUACUGGUUUAUGCUUUGAAAAGCUGUAUGCUCUGAAGGACGCUUUAUUCAUAAUGUACUUUGCCGAUUCACUUACAUUAUGGUGUUAGCACUGUGAAAUGAAUGAAUAUUCUAUUCUUUAUCUUGUUACACUGACUAUUAAACUAUUGUAUUUAUGGAGGGAAAAAGUGCCCCAUAUUUCGUCGUCCGUACAGUAUUCUCACUUUAAGUGAUACGUCACCGAUACUGAACCUUUGCAGAGAAACAAAAGUGAGAAGUGACUCUUGAUCGUAUCAUUCAACUGUCAGUCUGUCAGCCUGAAAGAUGUAGCAAGAAGCUUUUGUUCAGCUCGGGUUAAUGUCAGUUAAAGUGAAUUAACUCAUUAAUUUCCUCAAAGCUCUUGUUAAUGUUGCCAGUGUGUUUUGAGAGGGUUUAAUGAAUGUUUAUUAAGUGAAAACCUGCCAGCAUGAACUCCAGAUGUUAUUUACAGUUCACAGCUACACAUUAGUUGUUGCUUGUUUAAAUGUGGAGUAGAUUAUCUCUUUCAAAUGUUCAGCAAUGUAAAUUGAAUUCCCCCAGAAUUACAAUUCUAAAAUAAAUACAACCUUUAACAGAC